UUAUUAGGAUCGUUCGCGCGUCAGUUUUGUUAACUGUGACUGUGUAUUUUAGUAUUAUGUGUACGCUUAUCCUUCCCUGGGGCACUUGUGUAACGUAGUGUUUGCCAACUUCGAACAAUGACACAAGAAGAGUUUUGUACUCGUUUCAGUGAAGAGCUACGUGUGUCGCCAGAGAAUUUAACUGACGAUAACGAUGUUGUUGUAAGAAAGAAAAGGGUAACGAGUGUUAAAGAGAUGAUUCUGCGUUUUGAAAAGACAAACAGUAAUAUUCUCGAUGAUUCUUUGGAAAGGUCCAAAGAGCCUUCUUUAGGUAGUUUGACGAGUGUUGUCAAUCCGAUUCAGGCCCAUUACCAACAUUUAUGUCCCGCGGCUAGGUCACAAGAUAGAAAUUCAAAUGUAUCGGUUAACUCAAUUUUAUCAAAUGCGUCGGAAAAUAGUAACGAAUCCAGUUCGUCGGGGUUUGUAUCUGAUAGAAAAUCAGGUGGAGAUACCUUAUUGCCGCACAGGCCUGCACCGCCACCUCCAUUACCUUUCAAAGAAAGCAAAAAAUCUCUAAACAACGAAGAAGCGACCUUAAGAGAAAGGCGAUUUUCAUUCACAACGCCGUCUUCUUCGCCCGUAACGACAAGGCGCAGUCGGCAGCCUCCUGUGAUGAGGAAAAAAUCAACUGCAACAAAUCAAGGACAUUCGGGUGAAACGCAUUGGUCUUACGGUGUUAGGCAAAGUGAUUUAGAAAAGUUAUUGAGAUUGAAACGUUCAGAAACUUCGGACAAUGAAGAAGACGCUAAGAUAGUUAACAAUAUUUCGUUGGAAAGUGAUAGUAGCAGUAAUAGUAGUAGUAGUAGUAGUGGUAGUGACGAUGAUUCGCACAGUGAUAGUAAUUACAGUAACGGGAAAGAAUAUCUAGUGAAUUUGGAAGACGGUAGAACUGAUACUCUCUCAACGGAUCAUUCAACGGACACCUUGAUUAAUGAAAGAGACAGUGAACCAGGGGAUGAUUUGUCUAUCGGUUCGGGUGAAUCUGGUGCUCCCAGCAAUUUCGAUAAUGUUAGCAUUAAAUCAAUUUCAUCUUUAGACAUGAUACCAUAUCAAAAAUAUGAUAGCAUAACUGUGUCUUCGGACGAGUUCGGUUCGGAAGUAUGUCACGCUCCUGACACUGAAUUUCUAACUGUGAGUGCAGUGAACGAAUGGUGCAUUUCUCAAUCUGCAGCAGAACCGGUAUUGCUGCCACUUGAAUCCAAAAAAGAGAAAUAUAAAAGACGACUAACAGAACGUGUCAACGAGCUCCUACACACAGAAAACGUGUACGUGGAGAGGUUACGACACGUCGUAGAGGACUACAUACCUGUCAUGGAGAAUCAGGACUUAGCGCCGUCAUUCAAAGGCUUGAAGCCAAACAUAUUCGGGAACAUUGAGAGAAUAUUCCGGUUUCACUCGGAGGAGUUCCUGCCCGCGUUGCGGGACUGCGAGAAUGAUCUCAGGAAGCUAGGGCAGUGCUUUAGACGAUUUGAAAAAAGGUUCAAUAUGUACGUAAUGUACUCUAGAAAUAAUAAGAGAGCCACGAGACUGGUGUUUGAGCAUAAACAAUUCUUUCAGGAAAGACAAUUCGAAUUGGGUGACAGAUUAGACUUGUCAAGCUAUUUACUAGAACCAGUCCAGAGACUUCCGAGGUACAAACUAUUUUUAGCCGAUCUAGUGAAGACGUACACGAAUUAUGAGAACGAAAGAUGCGAAUCAGAUUCAAGGAUAUCAAAACUUAGCGUUGACAGCGACGAAACCGGAGGAAGCAACGGAGACGUAUCGGAAAACGACGAAACCCCUUUGGAAAGUCUAAAGAAAGCUAAAACUAUGAUAGAACGCGUGCUGACAGCUGUUGAUGAAAUAAUGGCGUUAGAAAACAUAACCGACUGUCCGCAUUACCUAAACCUUCUGAACCAAGGUCGACUGCUUCGUCAGAACGAGUUCUACGCUAUGGACACGGCUCGGCGCUGGCGACAGCUCAUGAGGAUAUUCCUCUUUGACAAACUCGUUCUCAUCACUGCUGUCUAUAGGAAGCAACAAAGGGUAGAGUACUUCAUAUACAAAGAUCACAUCUCAGUGGACGACCUCGGUAUCACGGCCAAGGAACACGACCGGCACAAAUUCACCAUUUGGUAUAAGAAGAGAAACCUGAAGUCCUAUAAGCUGGAGACGAAUGAUCCAGUCAUCAGGAAUUCUUGGGUCCAAGAUAUAACAUCACUACUGUGGGAACAGGCUAUGCAAAAGAAAGAGCUUCUUCAACAGCAGCGAAGCAAACGGAUAUCGAUGGUUUCAAUGGACAGUCAAGCCUCCGUCGAUUCGGAAAGGAAUGAUGACAAAUAUAAUUCACUGCGCGGUGUUCCCGGUGAGGUUCGUCGUUCCGGUGAUAAGAAAGUGCGUAGGACAACUUGGUACUGCGAAUGAAAACAAUAGUCGUAUUUUAUUAUGUGUGUGUAAUUUUUUUUAUUUUUUUUUAUUGCUUAGAUGGGUGAACGAGCUCACAGCCCACCUGGUGUUAAGUGGU